GUUCAACAACCAGCUCUCUCUCUAUAUAUAUUUCCCACCCUGUCGCUUGUAGACGCCUCCUCCUUCCUCCGGUGUUCAAGCCGCCCCUGGAGUCUUCGACUGAUUGCAAGAGUCUCUCUUCGCUAAUCUUCGGCGAAACAACUGAUUCUCUGAACGGAGCUUUGCGCUCCGCGGCACUCUGCCGAUCUCAACCUCGGCCGGUCUUCAAUCCUCAUCGCAACGGAAGAAGAAGCACCCCGCGAAUCACUGUCUGAAUCCUCAUGGAGACGAGAGCGGCACGGAGAGUUGGCGCAGCAGCUCAUCAUCAGAAGCGAACGCGGGCGGCGCCGGCGGCGGAGCAGAAGCAGAGGCAGGCGCGUGGUGGGAGAACGCAUCAGCAGGCGACGUCGGGGUCGGGCUACUUCACCGUGCAGCUGGUGAUGGUGUUCCUCUGGGUGGCCGCGUCGCUCGCGUUCCUGCCGCUCCUGCUGCCGCCGCUGCCGCCGCCGCCGCUCUCGCUACUGCUGCUGCCGGUCUGCCUGCUGGCCGUCCUGGCCGCGCUCGCCUUCGUCCCGCUCGACGCCCACAACAACGUCGUCGGCUCAUCAUCUUGCUCGUAGAGAAACUGCAUUUUUUUUAUUUUUUUCCUUCUGGUUCAUCGUCCCCUAGCUGCUUCCGAUCUACUACUAGCAAAUACAGAUUUUUACUAUAGUUAUUUUCAGAUUAGGCAAGUUAUUAGAGGGCUAAUUUUGGGUUCUGUAGUUCUUCGGAGACGACGGAUCAUGACUGAAUCCCAACCACUUGAGGUCACCAAUUUAAUUAUGCUUAUCAAGGGGAAGCAUUUCUGCACAAAAAUUCCAAGGGAAAUGAUUGCAGCAUAUGUGCAUUGUCCACUAAUAUCAUGAACUUGAGAGUUGUGAUGAUGAUGGCUAGCUCGUCGUAUUACUGUUUUGUCGAUCCAAUUUGUGGCCACUUGUUUUGAAAACUUUACUUCCUCUCUUUCAUCAUCUGUAAUCUACUGUUUCACCUAUUUUCCCAUUGAAAAAAAAUUAAAAGCUGCA